UUUUUUCCAGCAUCAUCUCAGUUCUUUCAUUUUAGACUAAUGCAUAGGUAAGAUGCCUUCCGUAGGCAAAAGUAUCAUCUUUUGGUAAAUCACAUAAUACAGCAGGAAAAGCUAAACAGGCUUUUGGACAUAAGUUUCUCAUAGAGUUGAAAUAGGACCCCAAACUUCCAAUGCUAAAUAUAAGCUGCACACUAUUAUUUUUGGCUUCCUAAACUGAUAUGAAAAUUAAGUUGUAGGGCAGGGUUCUUCCGUUCCUGAGAUGACUUUCUUUUUCUUUUAAAAUUUUCUUAUCCUCUGUACUUGUGGGAAAUUGCUUUAUUCCCUGUCAGUCAAAAGAGUUUGGGAAAGAAAACCCCCUGACAGAAUCUCCUCAGAAGCAUCUUUCUCACAUUGGAAGAAAACUUCACAUUAUUGCCUUUCUGUAAAUCUUCUCCUUCCUCUUAACUACCACUUGGUUUUAAAUGGUAGCAGAAUUCAUUGCCUGGUGUCAAAUGAUAAGUCACAACUUACUCCCUUUAUCUAUAGGAAACUAAAAUGUGCCAUCCAGCUCUUAAGACUUGUAUGUGAUUUAAGGGAACACCUACUGCUUCAUGAGCUGUAUUCUUUGUCCUGGUAUAGUGAUGCUCACUAUUUCUUUUACUACUUUACCAGCAUUUGUAAUUCUUAUUGUUUUGAUAGCACUGUAAAAGAGUGCUGAACAAAACCCACCCAAAGUCUUGCAAGUGAAUCAAAUUGCUGUGCUGUAUAUGUAGAAAACAGCACUAACAUGGAUGUAUCCUGAGUAGAAACCUUACUGCAGCAGAGGUAUGCACUGAGUCAUCACAGAGUUAAUGCAAAGGGAGCACGGGGAAUAUAGGGAUGGAGCUGGAGUUAACAGGCUGCUUGGGAAAGGAGGUGUUAGUUCAUUAUUUAAAGAAAAAAUAUUAGUCUUAACAAGCACCCAAAUAGCAAAAGACAGCACCCUCUGAAAGGCCUGGGAAUACAUUGGGAAGCACAACCUGUCUUUCUCACCUAGAACUUUUGCUUGUGCAGAGGCCAAAAGCAAAUGUCAGUGCUGAUGUCCCAUGGGACUUUGGUCCACUGUUACCAUCCCCAGAGAGCUGGUAACAGCAUUCAGUGCCCUAACACACAGGUUUGGAUGAAAUUUUAAUCCUGUGAUAUGAAAAUAUGCAAAAUGCCCAUUUUGGCAACACUGCAGGAUGCCAGGGGACUGUAUUAUCAGUAAACUAAGGUAAAGUCAUGUGUGAAACAACCAAGAAAGUGACUGAGCAGUAUAGAACACAUCAACUAUAGCCUCAGACAGAGGGUGCUGGAUUCAGUGGGAUGCUGUGUGGGAAAAAAAAAAAAAAAGGAAAGUCCUGGGAAAGCAAUUGCUGUUGUAAAUACACUUAGUAAUGCUGGGUUUCAUUUUCUGUGCUUCAGUUGAAACACACAGCCAAGCAUUCACUAUCCAGAGGUAUAAUCCUGCUUCCCUCUGGCACACCCUUCAUGUAGCAACCUUCCUCUUUCCAAAACUCACUUCUUUUUCCCUGAAACUUUGGACAGAGCACUUUCCACAAAUCCCACCAUCACUUUAAUGCCACAGCACAGCUGUUAUUAAGAUUUUUUUUGGUUCAGCAAAAGAAACUGCACCACCUGAAAUCCAGUGUAGAUAAUAGAAAGGCAGAUUUGUGUAGAUGUAUGUCAGCCCAAUGCAGUGAAGAAGAAAAGAGGGUAAACAGAGCAAGUUCUUCAUUUUUGAAAGUUCAAUCUUCCCAAGGUAGAAGGCUACAUUUCUCUUACUCCUGUACUCCUGAGCUGUAGCUCUUCUUAAUUCUUAAUUUUCAGCUCUCUAGUGGGACUUGGCACUGGCAAGGCUCCUUUCUCAGCUCCUUCCUGACACCUUGACUUUGUAAUGCGAAACAUUUUGCAUUAUGUCUGUAUUUAACCACAGGGAAAUGCAAUUGGAAGAGAUCUUUAGAAUAACAAAAGCUCUUAGGAUUAUAUUUCCACAAACACUAAGAAGGCCUACUUACUCCCUUUCCAUAGGAUUUGCCCUUUUCUUCAUCUGCUGUAAUCAAGCAGUUUAAUAAUUGCUGAACUUGGAAGGAGUGAUUCACCUGUCUGUUUUGCAUUCCCUUUAGAACUGCACAGGACCAUGGGAUGGCUGAGACUGGAAAGAUUUCUGGAGCUCAGCUGCUCCAGUGCUGCUGCUCAGGCAGGGCUACCCAAAGCACAUUGCUCAGGGCUAUGGGACAGCAGAACUUCUGCUCAUCACUUCUCUGUCUCUACUUCUGAUCCAAUAUUAUUUUGGGGUUAAUGUUUCAACAGCAUUGUUCACAGUGUGGAAAACCAAUAUUCUGCAAGGCCCAACUGUGUUUAGAUUUUACAGUAAUACAACAAAGAGCAUGCAGCAACAAUUUGAGAAAUUAAUGUGAUAUGUUUAUAACCUCCUUCUUGGUUCUCAUGAAGGUUUGUCAACUUCUGCUUUCCAUUUAUAGUAGGGCAGGCAAUAACCACAACUUUUUGUAAUGUUGGUAAUGUAAUGAGGCCACACAGUAUGAAAAAGGAGAAGUACCUGAGUGUAGGUCACCCCUACACAUAGGGUGUUGCUAUGUCCACCUGCUCUCCUAAGAUUUGGCUCUAGAUUCAGGUGUCUUCUGCAGAAGAACACAGAGAGGUCCAUUUCCAAGCUGCACAAAGGGACAACUCCACCCAGGGCUGGGAGGGAAAUGAGGAUUAGUUCACAAGAAAGUAGCUUGUGGUAGUGUGACUGGUUCUGCUUACUGCCUUCACCUCAAAAUAUGAUUCUCAGUGCCUGUCUGAAACUUUCCAUAGUUGCAGUGUGUGACCAGCUAUUUUGACAGGAUGCAGACUGGAAAAUUUGCUGGUUGUCCAUUUCAUGUUGGUAUCUGAGAAUUACGGUGGAUUGAAUGACUUGGAUCAUCAACACGGAUAACAUUCAUAUCAGAGAUCUACAAGAGAUAAAUCAUGGAUUCAGCAUCUGUGUCUGAAAAUGGCUACCUUGAUUUGCUGCUUUGUGAUAUUGAUCCAGUGCAUCUAUUUACAUUCUCAGACCCUAAGUCAUCUGGAAAUGAAGGUGAAUUCUUUGCAGAUCCUGAAAUUGAUACCUGCAACUAUGAACAAUUCAAUAAUAUGGAUUUCCUGUGUACAGUGGAAAAUGAUGAAAGUGAGGAUGAAUUGUAUCUCUCUUCCAGUGCCAGAGAUGCUUAUGCUAGAAUAGCUGAAUUAGCAGAAUAUGUGCUCAAGGAUCAGCAUGAGAAACAGGUGGAAGAUGCUUUUGCAGGGAACCUUAUUUUGGAUGAAAUGGCUCUUGAAAACACUGAGAAAUUCACUGAUGUAAAGAAGCAGAAAUGUCACAAAAGGACCUUUUUAGGCUCUGCAGAGACUUGUUCUGAUACUUCAGAACCUAAAUACAAGAAAAUUGUGGAUGCCUCUGCAGUAUCAACAGGGAAUGGAUGUUUCCUUACGUCUCUCAACAGCCAUUCAUCUGACUGCACCCCACUAACUCACCAGCACAUGUCCUUUUCUGUUCCCACUAUCAAUGCACUGGGAAAUUUUGUAAUUCCCGGGUCUUCAGUACCUUUGAUUCCAGAGAGUCUGCCACUUGGCAUGAAAGACAACAGAGAGAACAUAGACUCUGUGGAUCCUGCUCAGCAGAAAAUUAAUUAUUUUCUUGGAAAUGGUCAAUCUAAUGCUAUAAAAUAUCCAGCACUGACUUCCUCCACUGAAUUAAUGGUAUCCCCAGGUUUUCAAGUUAAUUUAAAUGGCUUAGAAAUGUACAAAGAAGUCCAAGUUCCAGUAAUUCUUUCUGAAGAAACUUCAAGAAGACCAAGGUCAGUGGAAGCUUUCUGUACAUCGCUUAUGGAUUACUUCCGAGACGUGUGCAAAUCUGUGUCUGUGGAGCGUGAAAUGUCUCUUGAUCACAUGUAUAUUGAUGGUACACUUAGGCAAAGCCAAAUUGAAACCAAGCCUGGGAAGAACAGUGUAAAAUCAGUGGAAAAGGAUUCGGUAACUAACAGUCAGCAAGGAAAGGAAAAGGCAGUCCUUGAAAGAAACCAAAUAUUUCAAAUCCCAGGAGGUAAAGAGUUAGAGACUAAAGUGAUUGUGGUGCUGGGAAAAGCAGGAAUGGGCAAAAGCAUUCUUGUUCAGAAGAUCUGCCAGGACUGGUCCAAUGGAGAGUUUCCUCAGUUUGAAUUUGUCUUUUGGUUUGACUGCAAACAAAUAAGCUUGCCUGAGAAGUGGUACAGCUUGAAGGAUCUACUUCUUGACUUUUUUGUGAAACCUCAGGAAGGAAGCACAGAGAUCUUCGAGUAUUUACUUCAGAAUUCUACUAAAGUCCUUCUGGUUUUUGAUGGUUUGGAAGGGUUGCACGGCCAUGAGAAUUUUCCUCAUUGUUCAGCCAGCCAGCCUAACAAAGACUUGUGCCGCAUGAAGGAGCUGCUUUCAGGACUCAUCCAAAAGAAGAUACUCAAUGGCUGUACUUUAUUACUUACAGCAAGAACAAAAGAAAAGGUGUGUCAGUAUGUGUCCAAAGUGGAUAAGACUAUUGAAAUAGUAGGAUUCUCCCCUCGGCAGAGAGAACUGUACAUAACCAAAUACUUUGAAGGAUUCCCCUCGUGCGACAAUGCACUGAAUUUAAUCAAAGAGUGUGAGUACCUCUUCAGUCAUUGUUACAGCCCUGUUAUGUGUAGAUUUGUUUGUUUUCUCUGUGAGGCAAUACUUGAAAUGGGAGACCAAGGCCUUCCUUCAACUCUUACUACACUCUUCCUGAAAUUUGUUCAGCAAAAAAUAAUGCCUACGCAAACAGAUGUUACAGAUGUUACACUUGCACAAAACCAAGAGAAUCUUGCUACGCUAGCCUGUAUAGCCUGGUAUCUUGGAGAAAAGCACCAAAGUGCCAUGAAAAGUGACCUUCUUCCUUCUAAGAAAGUUAAAGAGUUUGCUCUGAAAAAUGGAUUUUUCCUGCCAUUUGCAUUCCCCAAACAUUCAGGUACAGGAGAAGAGGAAUAUGGGACCAUGUUCUCCGAUUUUGUCAUUCAGAAUUUCUUGGGUGCACUUCACCUUAUAUUAGCAGAAGGCAUCAAGGACAAAAGUUUAAUAAAGUAUCUGUCUUUUCCAUCCAAAAAGAAGAAACCUUAUAACUGGUUACAUUUAGUGCCUCGAUUUUUGGCUGGAUUGUUAUUCCUCCAGGAUGACACCUACUUCUGCUCUUCAAACAACGGUGUAAAAAAAUCAACCAAGAAGCAGAAAAUGCUCCUGAAAUAUAUUAAAAGGUUGCAAAUAAACAACCUCUGUCCAGAGAGGUUACUUGAGCUUUUGCACUGUAUUUAUGAAACACAAAACAACUAUCUCUUGCAGCAUGUGGCCUUAAGGCUCAAGCCAGACCUGUCCUUUCUGGGCACUGUUCUUACACCACCAGAUGUCCAUGUACUGUCCUCUACUUUAAAAAGGUCAAGAAAAGAGUUUUCCUUGGAUUUGCAGAACAGCAGUAUUGACACGCAUGGGCUAAAAGACUUGGUUGGCCUGAAGAAUGUGACAUCAUUCAGGGCCUCCCUCAGUGAUACAAUCAAGCUAUGGAAAUAUUUAGAACAGACAAAAGACUAUGAACUGCUGAGAGUGUCAACAGAAAAAUUUGUUCUUGAUCCCUUUAAGGCAAAGACAAUGAAAGACAUCAGUGACCUUUCUGACCUCGUAGAAAUGCAGGAGAUAAUAAUCAAUUGUGUUCAAGAUGCCUCCAGUUGCAGCAGCUAUGAAAUUCCUGCCGUAAAAAACCUGAGAAAACUAGAAUUUGCUCUGGGUCCAGCGUGUGGCCUUCAGGGAUUCCUAAAACUCGUGGAAAUUCUGGCAGCAUUUCCAUCACUGCAGCAUUUAGACCUUGAUGCUCUGAGUGAAAAUGGCAUAGGAGAUGAAGGAGCAAAGAGUCUGUGUGAAGUCUUUCCAACACUGACAUCACUGGAAACAUUAAACUUGUCACAGAAUAAGAUAACAGAUGUGGGUGCAGAGAAACUAGCUACAGCUCUUCCCUUCUUGUCUUCAUUAACAACACUAAGCUUAUACAACAAUAGCAUUUGUGAUUUUGGAGCAGAAAACCUUGCAAAAGUCCUUCCUGCAAUGGCUUCUUUAAGAGUGCUAGACAUUCAGUACAACAAAAUAACUGGUGUAGGAGCCCAACAGCUGACUGACAGCCUAAGAAAAUGUCCCCAUAUUAAAAAUUUGGUGAUGUGGAAUCCUACGAUUCCAUAUGGAGUUCUUGAACACCUUCAGCAGCUGGACUCUAGGAUCAGUGUGUAGCUUCAGAUGAUCCUAUGAAGGUAACAUAAAGAAGAGGGGAAGGUCUCUUCUGUGUUUUCCUAUCUUACCACUUCGAACUAUCUUACCAUUACGAAGCAGGAAUUAAAUGCCAACUUUUGUGAUAGUGGCAACAUGGAAAAAGUCACAUUGAACCUUCUGGGUGAUGCUUGAAGUGGGUGAAUGAUGGAGUUCACAGUUUUAAGAGGUCAUUUAAAGUGCUUUUUAAAAACUCAGUUGCGUCUCCAUUGAAUUGAUGAACAGUUAAGUAACACGUUUCACAGAAGAACAACUGGAUAAUUUUCAGUAUUAAAAGUGAACAGGAGUCACCAGCUUAUUGACAGUAGAAAAUUCUAUCGAUUCAUCGAAGUGUAUACUACAAGCUGCUGCACCCUCAACGUCUGCAGUCAUGAGAGAUGAAAACUAAUUGUUUUGUGGUGCCACUGAUAAACACAAUUAAGUUUGUUUUGGUUUUGGACUACCAAAGUUGAAGUUUUCACCUGUAAGUCUGGAUUAAAUGGAAAUGUCUGGAUCAGAAGCACAAGAACGACCAGACUGGAAAACAGUCUGAAAUUGUAAUGUUGUCCUUGGGAAUCCAGAAGUGGCUCUUUUCUUCAUGCUCAUUAUCAGUGCUGCCUUAAGAAAAGUACUUUUUAUCAAAUAAUUGUCUUGUUACAGAUUCCUUCAAAAAGAUUGGAGGGAGAAGAGAGAUGAAUUAAACUGGAAAACUAUCAGGGAUUUUUCUGAUAAUGUGACAGAAAUCGAAUUAUAUACAAACAGCUCCAGCCUAGUGCACAGAAAUCUUCAGAGUGACAUUGCUUACAGGUUUUUACUCUGUCACAAAUGGAAACUUUACAAGUGUGAGGUUUUUUCUAUUUUUUAAUGAAAGAAUUUCACUAAUCUGAAAACAAAACUGGAUUUCUGAAACCAAUUUUUCUUCUCAUUUGUAUAUCUGAAUUGAGAUUUAAUUGUCACCUGCAAGUGUGAGACUAAAUGCAUAAGCAUCUGUUCUAUACUUGAAAAUGAAAUCACUACUUUGUAUUCUUGAUGCGGUCUGCUUCUGCAGAGUUAAGAAGAAUUAGGCAAUGACGGGAAAUCGCGUAUUUCAAAGAAUUAACAUGGAUCUGUGCUGCUGCCCUCAGUGCUAUUUGAGCCAAAUCCUGGUCCUGCUGAAAGCAAUAGCAAAACAGUCUCCUUUUCUUGCACUUCAGCCCUCUGAACACAGGAAAAAAUAAUAAUUGUACAGAGGCAAUUGUCUGGACUAGCUCUCUGCAUGUCUAGAUACAAGCUGGCGAUGGGAAAACAAAGUUGGAUGGUAGAAGCUAGCAUCCAGUAUGCUACAGAUUGAGAAGGGAGGGCUGUGUACCUCAUUUUGCUAACUUGAUCAGCAGCCUCCUUUAAGUCUCUUUUGCUAGGAAGCACUGACAACACUGAUCAAAGAUCUUUGCAAAUGAGCGUCUCUCAACUCACCUUCCAAAUAUUCUGUUACUUGGUUUGAAAACAUCCCCAAUUUAAACAGUUCAAAACCUCAAUCUUUGUUCUUUCCAGCAAUUUCUAUGUUUCCACUUACAUUUCUGCACCUGCAGAAUCUUGACAAUUUAAAGAAAGAAGGAAGGAAGGUCAUCUAAUUUAUUGUUUCUGUUCAAAAAAGUCAGGAACCAGACCUAGCACGUAGAGGUAGUAGUGCAGGAGGGCAAGGUAAAAAACACUAUGGAGAAUGCGAUUUUAACUAGAAAAUUAUAUUUGCCUUCAUUAUCUGCUUCAGUCUUCAAGUUCUAGCCAGAGGUGUGGAAAAACCUCAUUUAUGUUCCCCUCUUUAAGCUGCUUGAAUGGGAAGCAUUAGCUUGAGCUAAAUUCAGUGUGACACUCCCAUCAGCCUACAGCACUCCAGCCACACAGAGCUACAGUGAGCAUUCCUCUCGGCUUCCUUGGACCACACUUAGGAUGACAAAUGCCCCUGUAGGGAUAAAUUCUGCAACCAGGCUUCACUGUGACUGAAUCUAAGAAUAUGCUAACUAUAAUGGAGGCAGCUGAAUGUUACAGCACUCUGCACUGCUAAAACAGGGUUGGGUAUUCUACUGUUCUCUUAGUGGGAGAUGUAGGCUUUAAUGUAGAUUGUAAAUUGUGAUGCAGUGUUUUGGUCAUCUUUAUACAUCUUUUUUGAAAGUAUUAAUAAAAUUGAGUAUUCCUUUUUACAGUA